AAACUCAAGGCAAUUAACGGCAAAAGCUGGUUCCACUCUCUCAUUUAUUGCAAUCUCUGGGUGAAAUUCUGUUAUCUUGUUUCCAAGUUGACUAUACUAACCAUUGAAGUUAGCGUCAACUUUAUAACCUUUGGAAUCAUUAUUAUCGUUUCUCAUAGAACAAUCAUCAAUAUCAUAUGGAUAUACAUGUGUACAAGACCCAAGUCUUCAAAAUUUUAACUUACUACCAAGAAUGCCUUUGAAAACCAUGAACAACAUGAACUAUAUUUUAC